UCCAGGAGGCUGGUGGGGAGGCAGGGUGACUACGGUCCACGCAGGGGUGUUUCGCUCUCCGCGCCCGCAGGGCUCCGGGCGCUGUGGGCCAUGGCUCCACCCCGGGCGCCCAGCCGGGACUGUGCGGGCCGCGAGGACGAGGACGGCUGGGAGGCGCGAGGGGACCGCAAGGCCCGGAAGCCUCUGGUGGAGAAGAAGCGGCGCGCGCGCAUCAACGAGAGCCUGCAGGAGCUGCGGCUGUUGCUGGCGGGCGCCGAGGUGCAGGCCCGGCUGGAGAACGCCGAGGUGCUGGAGCUGACCGUGAGGCGCGUGCAGGGCGCACUGCGGGGCCGGGCGCGCGAGCGGGAGCAGCUGCAGGCCGAAGCAAGCGAGCGCUUCGCUGCUGGCUACAUCCAGUGCAUGCAUGAGGUGCACACGUUCGUGUCCACGUGCCAGGCCAUCGAUGCCACGGUCUCAGCUGAACUCCUAAACCACCUGCUGGAGUCCAUGCCGCUGCGCGAGGGUAGCAGCUUCCGGGAUCUGCUGGGGGACUCCCUAGCCGGGCUGCCUGGAGCCCCGGGGCAGAGUGGCUGGCCUGUGGGAGGGGCUCCCGGGUCCCCACUACCCAGCCCCCCGGGUCCUGGGGACGAUCUAUGCUCUGAUCUGGAGGAGGCCCCUGAAGCUGAACUAAAUCGGGUGCCUGCUGAGGCGCCUGAUUUGGUACCCACAGCCUUGGGUAGCCUGACUGCAGCUCGACUGGCCCAGAGUGUCUGGAGGCCUUGGUGACCAACACUAACCAGGGACCUGCCGGCAUGGGCUGGGCCAUCCCUAGCUCUACUUCCUCCCUGGAUAUCAGAUGAGGUGGAGAGGGCCCAGUAUGCCCCCAAGUGUGCCCUUCCCUCUCCUCCAUGGAUGGCUUGCAGGGCAACUCUUGGUGGCCAGUCCCCAGACCCUUAGCACUGUUUCUUGAGAGUCACUUUGAUGGACCCUUCAGAUCUGGAUGGGGGGAGGGAGGGAGCUAUGGAAAGGAAGAAGGCCCUGUAGGGGUACCAGGGCUCCCACAUGCACUUGUCCCUGUCCUUCUGGUUCCCUGCUGGACCUAGGGCACGGGGCAGGGCUGGUGCUACCAUCCCUGGAGGCUGAGCACACGUCCUGAGCAGUGCUGACCUGAACAGCUCAAAUUUGCCACUUCAGUCAGGAGACCAGGGGAGGAGGUGUACUGUGCAGCCACACGGCGGGCUGUGUCCUGUAUCCUUUGUAGCACAUUCGAGUUUGUGAAUUUGGUUGUCAUCAAAUGUUCCCGUUGAAUUAAAUAAAGAACUUUGGAGUUAGUUA